GACAGACGGUUAGUGGAGUACAAUGUGAAGAGCCAGAGACUUGUUCCGAAUUCGGUGGACUGCAGAUUGUGCAGCCAGACACAGUUGUGGAGCAGGAGGCUCGCCCAACUGGUUGCAUGUGGUAUCCAUACAGUGGCGGCAAAGGCGACAACCAGAAGGUUCUUACCAUGAACGACGAGUACAAGUUCAAGAUCUGGAAUACCGUCAACAGGUCCUGCCGCAAAACGGCUCUAGCGCCAACUUACGGUGGGCCCAUCACAAGGAUGACGCCAGUGUACGCCGAAGCUGAUGGCGAGGACCAGUUCAUGCUCUAUGCCACGCAUGAGAAGGUACUGGGACUGGUGCAGCUGCCUCUAGACGGCAACCCCAACAAGUGCAUGGGCCUCAUUGCCCACCCUGGGCAAAUCGCGGCCAUCUCCGUCGACUACCAGGGCCAAUAUGCCUUUACCUGUGGUGGCAAUGACCUCACUGUUAACCAAUGGCUGAUUGAUCCACAGCCAGUUGCAAACGCCAGCGUCAUGGGCGGUUCCGGUAUCGAGCCCUUUGUGAAGCUCCUGGACGGCGGAGAGGAUGGCGCCUUCUUCUGCGACAUGAAGGAUUACUUCUACUACUCGCAGAUCCGGUCACAAGACGAGAACACCACGAAGGCGCGAGCCUUGGAUGGCAUGAUUCCAGUACAGGAGAUCCCGCACCUGAUGUGUGCCCUGGGGUACUUCCCCACACAGCUGGAAAUUACCAACAUGACCAACGAGGUAAAGUAUUCAAAGUUCGCGGAGACCGGCGAGUAUGUCGAGAGGAUAGGAUUUGACGACCUGGUGAAGCUCUACGCGACCUCCCGAGCAUUCAUGAUGCAGGUGGAGGGUAUUGUAAUACGUUUUACGGCGCCGGAUGUGAUGAAAGGGUGUGCUGCUGCGCCCCUGUGCUCCAGGGCAGGUGAGAACUGCCAGGCAACCUCCUGCUGCGAAGAGCCCGGCCACCAGUGCUUCGUCAAGGACUCUUCAUGGGCAGGAUGUAAGCCUUCCUGCACGCCUGGCAUCGACGCUGCCGACCCGGCGCAGUUCCGCACACCCUGGUCAUGCGAAGUUUUCAAAGCUUCCAUGGCCGGUACAAGCACAUGCUCCAUCGCAGGAGUUGGCUGUAUGACCACCCGGUGUUGUGUAGAUCCAGACAAUCGCUGUUUCCAGAAAGACCAAUACUGGGCGGACUGCAAGCCUCACUGCGAGCCGGGCAUCCAUGAAGAGGAUGCGGCGGAGUUUCGCACGCCCUGGCAUUGCAGCCUCCUCGAUGUGAACGCCUCCGGCGCCUCCUUGGUACGCUUCGAGGCCGUCGCAGCUCCAAAACCCGCCAGAAGCUGCUCCGGCCCUUGGCAGAACUGCCAGAACACGAGGUGCUGUUCACAGGAGGGUUACACUUGCUUCGAGAAGGACGAGACCUGGGCGGACUGUCGGCUAGACUGCGCAAAGGGGAUCAACUCGGAUGAUCCAGAGCCUUACCGCACUCCCUGGAAGUGCAACGUUUUGGAGCCCGUGGUUUUCAGGGGCUCAUCACUGGAGACCAAAGUCUUAGCACCGGCUGGGUCGCCAGUUGCACGACAUGGGAGGCUUUUUGUGAAGGGCAACCAGAUACUGGGAGAUCAUGGCCUUUCGGUGCGCAUCCGUGGUGUCUCUCUCUUCUGGUCGCAGUGGGGCUCCAAGUACUGGAAUCAGCGCGUCAUCCAGUGGCUGCGUGAUGAUUGGCGGGUUUCCUUGAUACGCGCAGCAAUGGGAGUCGAGGAUGGCGGGUACUUGGAUUCACCGGACAGGCACAAGCAAAUCGUUGCAGAUGUUGUCGAUGCUGCCAUCCUAGCAGGCCUCUACAUCAUCAUUGACUGGCAUGACCAUGCAGCUCAUCUGCAUCAGAAGGAGGCCGCAUCCUUCUUCUCAGAAAUGGCCCGAAUCUACGGGCAGUAUCCGAACGUGAUCUUUGAGCCAUGGAACGAGCCCAUUGACCAGUCCUGGAAAUACAUCGUUCGGCCCUAUCAUGAGAUGAUCCUUGGGAAAAUCCGCCAGUACAGUCCCAAUUUGGUAACAGUUGGAUCCACCACCUGGUGCCAGGAUGUGGAUGUGGCUUCAGAGCAGCCUUUGGAUGAUCCCAACGUUGCCUACGCUUUGCAUUUCUAUGCCGGCACGCACCAAUCCUCGAUCCGAAGGAAGGCGGAGAAGGCUCUGAAGAAUGGGGUCGCGCUCUUUGUGACGGAGUGGGGGCUGUGCCAGGCGCAUGGCGAUGGCUCCCUGAACUUCACUGAAACGGAUCUCUGGUUGAAGCUCCUUGAAACCUACAACAUCUCUGAUGCGAGUUGGGCGGUGAAUGACAAGGACGAGAGUUGCGAUGCUUUGAUUCCCGGCGCAGACUCUGAGGGAGGCUGGGGUCUCGAAGAUCUAACUGCCUCCGGACAAUAUGUACGCAAGUCGCUGGUGGACAUGCCUUGGGAUUCGACAAUCCCUACAAAAGAACCGCUGGACUUUGAUGAGAGUGGCUGUGCAAUGAUGGUUUUAAGUUUCUUUCAUGCCGUCGUCUUGCUGGCACUCUUUUGA